GUGAACAAAAGACGUUUACUUCCUCGUUUGUGCACUUAAGAUUAUUUCACGUAUACACCAAAUUGACGGCAGGCGACAACUCUCUUAACUUUAACGAUUUAGGGAGGAGUUACAACAUAGCCAACUUCAUCUUUCAUUUGCGCCACUUCUGACGUUACAGACUAAUAGGGGAAGUAGAGGCAGAGGAACAUCACGACAGAGCACUGCUUUUUCCGUCACUUUUACCAAGGCACGAAAAAAUCCGCUUUUUCGAACAUGAAGUUGUAAUGGAGAGACGUUUUCAGAGUUGGACUUGUUCUGUACCCCAUGUAUGAAAGUAACCAUCAAUUGUUAACGCAGGUGUGAAACUGCCCCACAUUUUCACUCUCGGUGUACGGCAAGUGACCUUUUGAAACACCUACUCAUUAUCUAAAGACUUAGCUUAUACCUCAUUUUGACGACCCACGUCUGCACGGGAACUGGCACAAGCGACAUUUGAUGGCAACAAGAUCAUGAUACAAGAGUGAUGGGCUUGUGACGUCAUCUACGAAGGGAUUUUCCGACAACUGUUUCUUGUACAUGGACACGUAGGUUAUCCGGCACGUGUACCACAGCACGUCAUCUGGAACGUCAGUGCCACAGCACAUCACUGUAUCUGUACUACAGCGGCUAAUACGGUACAACAAUUGCGUCUGUCAUUCAUAACAGUGUUGACGACCUGCCAAUAUUCAACAUAUCGUCGUUGUAGUCCGCUGGUGUGAUCGACUCGUAAGCCGCAUUAUGUCAACAUCGCGACGGAACCGCGAGGACAGCGUGCCACGUACGUCGGACGCAGAGUCUGUGUUGGAGGAUCCCUACACCGAAGGAAGCCCCGGAAGCUGGUCGCCCGGGUCGGGGGACUCCAAUGGUGGAGCGUCUCCCAGAGUCAAGGACGAAUUGCGGGCGACUAUCCGGGCCAGGCAGCAGGAAAACGGGGUAAUACUCCCCAACUUCGACCUGCUGAAUGCGCAGUCUGAUAGAAGGAAAUCAAGACCGUUGACAGCAGCUGAGGAGAAGCGCCUGCAGCGGCGGCGGGACAGGAACAGGGAGGCUGCCGCCAGAUGCCGGGCUCGGAGGAGAGACCUGGCCGAGAGGCUGCACAGGGAGACCAUCCAGCUUGGGAACCUGAACUCCGGUCUUCAGACGGAGAUCGCGCGGUUGCAGGCACAGCGGGACCAGCUACAGCGGGCACUCACCGAACACAUCGCCCUCUGCCACAGUGAGCAGUAGUGACGAACACAUACCAAUCAUCCCGUAGAUCCACACCGGAGUUUAAAUACAAACUGGUUGAUAUUCAUCUGGGGCCUCAACUGGCAGAAGAUUUUCCAGCUAAAAAUCAUUCAAAGCUGAAUCUUUACGAGAUACUUCUGUCUAUGGUGUUGGAAAAAGGCCGGAUUCAACAUUCUCAUAAAGCAUCCAUGGUGAUUGUGAGUUCUUUAAGUGCCCCCAAUCAAUUUCCAUUUCCAAGCAGAAGCUGUGGGUAUACUUUUGCAUUUUUAGCGUCUUUCUUGUAUUAAAGCAUGACUACUGUAACACACGCCAGGUGGACAGAUGGCGACGCAAGGACCCAGCGCAUGCCGGAGAGUAUUGGGUCUUAUGGGACUAUUCAUGACGUUUUCCUAGUGCAUCUCUGUGGAAUACUCGAACAUAUAAAACAUUCCGUGUCACCGUUAUGUAUAUGAUGGUGUCUAGAACCAACUUCGUAAUCGUAGCGAAUUUUCAUACAUAUCACUGCCAUAAAUGACAAACUCCUAGGUCUCAUAUGAUAACGGUCAGAUUCCGGGAUGUAAUGCUAUUUUUGUCAUAGUUUUGAUGGAUUAGGCAUGUAACAUUUAAGUUUAGUACAACGAUGUAUACCGAUUUCAAUAUUUAUAUACUUGUACAUAUCAUGCAAGAAGAGAACUAUAAUCAUUAUUGAUUAUAUCAUGACCAAUAUAAAGUUAUAUGUAUAUUUAUUAUCUAAAAUGUUUCCUAUUGGCUGUUGUAUUUUCUGAGAUCUAUUUUUUCAUGACCAUUAGCUUGUUCUACAAAAGUAGGUAAUAUAUGUGGUGUAAACUGAAUGAAUAAAAUCUUUCUCUAAUUUUGAAA